AUGGGACGAGCCAUUACCUUCAUAUUCUCAGGUAUCACAGCCUAUACAAUCGAUAUGGGUACUCUGACGGACUUUUUCAAACACGUUCAGCACUUAAUUGAAAAUAAAUUACUCAGAUUAGAAGAUGUAGGCAACACAGGCUUCAUAGACUAUUGUUUCUUCAUUAGUAACACUAAGCAGUUCACGGAGCUCCUCAUGAAACCUACUUUUCUCUCAAUUUUGAGUUCAAUAAUUCGAUUAUACGAUUUUGGAAUACAUUGGAAGAUCUUCAAAAUCGUUUUAUCGAAGGAACAUGACUUUCCUCAGUACGAUUUCACAGAUAUCUGCUUGAAACUGUUCCAAGGCGAAGACGUAAAAGUUUUAAUGAAUCCUUUGUUGAAAUACAUCGGACAGAACCCUUCUGAUGCUCUUAUUUCCAUAUUAAUGUCAUCAUUCAUGCAAAAUGAGGACUCUGUUUCUAUUUUUGUCAAAGAAAAUGGCAUGGAAUGGAUAUCUCAGCUAAUGGAGAAGAAAUUCUUCAAUCCUUCAUCACUUACUAUCUUUAUAUCAUCAAUGUUACACAUGUCAUUCGUUCCUGAGAUAAGUUUAUGGAUAAAUUCUCAACCUUUGGACAGUAUGAUAUUUUCUCUCUCGGAAGAGAUGGUUUUUCACUUGGUUUAUGGUCCAAAUGUUAUCUACCAAUUAUAUAUACAGAUUCCAAGCCUCCUUCCUUUAUUAAAUGUUAACAAUUUGGAAUUAAAUCCGUAUUCUCAGUAUAUAUCCUCGAAAUACGGGUUUUCGGAGUUCAUCCGCCAUAAGAGUCCUAUAGAUGGUAACCACAUCAUCAAAGAUUUAGCCAAUCGUUACAUUAUUCCUUAUCAAUUCUGUUUUCUUCUGAAAAACUCAAAGAAACUUGUUGAAUUCGCCGAUAAAUCCUACGACCACUUCAGCAUGUUCCAGUUAAACAAGAAUACUGCUGAUCCUUAUUUUGUCAUUCCAGAAAAUUGCAAAGCGAUAAGCUUCUGGAUAAAAACGGAGCACAUAAAUGAAAAGAGCAUAAAGAUCAUGUCAUGUUCUGCUCUAUCUCUUUCCGUUAAUUCCAAUGAGGCGACAUUUAAUUUUCUUGGUCAGGACUAUUCAGUGCCUUUUAGCGAGAACGAGUGGACUUUUAUUGUUAUAGCAAUUACGGUCGUUAAUAAUAGGAAGGUCAUGUAUCUUACAUGUGGUUCUAAAACUUAUGAUAUCAAAUACUCCCAAAAUAUCGAUCAAAUAUCCGAAAUCGUUAUGGGAUCAAAACAGAGCUUAUCAACAAUAUGGUAUUUGGGCUCUUCCAUUAGACUUUUCUCUGCAUUUCACCCUUCAAUUCUUUCAUUGAAGCAUAACGGGCCAAGUCUAAUGAGAAUCUCUAAAAUACCAUCAGAGUCAUUAGUAAUCACGCCGUUUUCCAAGAUCAAACAGAUUGGAAAAGGCGCAGUUCUCGUCCCUUACAAUGGUUUUCCUUCUUUCAUCAAGAGGAAACGCCAUUUCAUAGAGAUGAUUGCAGAAAUAUUGGUAUCAAAAGACAAAGAUCGUAUUAACGAUAUUUACGAAACAUUAUUAAAUUGUUUCGAAAUAUUCCAAGGAAAAGUAAUGGAUUUUUGGAUCCACAUUGUCAGAGUCAUCAAAGAAAGGCAUGAAUUCAUUUCUAUUGAGAAUAUUUCUUCAACAAUUUCCAUAUUUAUCCAAUAUGCAACUCAAGGAAUGAUAGAAUCCAAUGUUCAGCCUCUUAUCUAUGAUAUCAACAUGUGGACAUUAUACCACGACGAACUCUACAACCAGAUAAUGCAGAAAAUGAACAAAAGCAAUGUUUCGUCAAAAAUUUUCCAGUCAAAUUUUGUCAAAACGAUAAUUUCCCUUUUUUCUCUUGAGAAAAAUGAAGAGAAGCAAGAGCAUUACUUAGAUAUCUUCUUUGCAAGGUUAGAACUCGAACCUUCCCUUGAUUUAUUUAAUCAUUUAUAUUAUUUGAUCGUUUCUUAUAACAGUAAUCCUCUUGUCAUCUCAAUUAUCUCUCACUUCAAGAAUAUGAUGAAGAAAAUCAACUGCGAUUUAGUUUCAGAGGUAUUUAAUUUCGAUUCUUGCUCAUCUUUGUUGGCAGUGCUAGAUUCAUCGAUGCAAAUCGAAAUAAUGGAGAUAAUGACAUAUCUGGCAUCCUCAAGUCCAAAUUAUUACCAAAACAAUGAUGUAUUUUUAUAUUAUAUUUUAUCUUUGUCAAGUCAGAGGUUUACAUGGAUAACAGCAUUGUGCUUAAUAUAUGGAGAGAAAUACCAAGAGAAUUUGACCGUUUCGAACUUUACCUCCAAAAAUGUGAAAUAUCCAGAAGCAAUUAAGUUAAUUGUUUCCUUAACAUUGAUGUCCAUAUUCUUCCAUCAAUUAUCUCCAUGUUUCCCACCGGAAUCCAUCAAACCGGAGUUUAAAUCUCUGAAUGAAAUCACGACAGAAGUCGAAAAGUUCCUGAUAAAGCUUUUGGAGAGACAGCCUGAUUUAUUUAAGACAGAUGAUUUAUACCAGACUCUUUUGUUCUUUAUUCCUACAUUAUUUUCCCCAGAAAUUGCAAAUUUCUUUUCAAUGGCAGAACCUUAUGAGAUUGAAUCAUUACCAUUAUUCCAAAAUAAGCAUUACAAGACAUUAUCACGCAUCUGGGAUAUCUCAGAACAUUAUAUGGACUCACUCAUUGUUUCAAACGAGAACACAUUCUACCAAUCUAGUGUUGCUCCACUCAUGUCUAUGUAUGCUAAUGUUGGGAGCAUUUUAUUUGAAAAUUUUUCAUAUGACAACAAAGGUUUCUUACCAAGUUACCAUUUUAACACUAAUUAUAUUAAUAUCUCCGAAUUUAUUGGUAGUUACAUCCUAAUAUUCCAAAACCAACCAGAUAAAUUCAAGGAAAUCAUUGAUUGUCUUAUUGUUGAUUCGGAGUAUAAAAUGUAUUCGCUCACUAUUGACAUUGUUUCAUAUAUUAUGACUCAUAUCCAUAAAUAUGACAUCAAUAUGUCUACGCUCCGUUAUUUAGUUCUUUUCAAUUUAUCAAUUAUUUCAAAAGUUUUAUACAACUUCUCUCGCUUUCCACUUUAUAUCGGAUUCAUGCAUCUUAUUUAUAACAUUUCAGGCCUCACAAUCAGUGAUCCACGAAUUUAUUCCGAUAUUCGAUUUUGUUUUGCUAUUAUUUUGAACUUCAUUACUUCAUCAGAACUUUCCGAACUAUCUAAAGAAAUCAAUCAAAUUCCAAACUUCUUUUCCAAGGUCGAACCAUUUUUAUCAGAUCUUAACUUAGUUCUUUUCACAACACUUAAAUUCAUCUCUGCCUUACAGGACAAGAGUUGUGAUUCUGACAAAUUCAUUACUGAUUUCUUCAAAAUCAUUGCAAUUCCUCAAUCCAUGUCCAACAACCAAAACAGCAGUAAUUUGAUCGAUGCAUUGACCAUCCAGAAGUUCAUGGUCGGUAUCAAACUUUUAACGACAGGCGGCACAGGUUCAUUCAACCGUUGGUGUGUUGAUAACAGCGAAGUAUUUUAA